CAACUGUAACAGAAGGACCAGUAGAGGAAAUUGUUGAGGAAAUAAUAAAACCUCUUUCUACUCCAGAAAUGAUUGAACCGCCCGAGGUAGAGGUGAUAAAGGAACAAGUGACUGUUACAGAAGAAAUUACCAAAGACAGUAAACCUAAAAAAGUCACAAAGAAGAAUGUAACUAGACGUAAGGGAAAGGAGCAACAGGUGACAGAGAUCGUUAGUAUUGAAGAGCAAGGAAUGGCUCCGGUCACAUUUGUUACGGAAGGUCCAGUGGAAGUAGUUGAUGAAAUUGUAAAAUCACUUCCUGCGCUUGAGGAUGUCAAGCCUGAAGAAGUGAUAGAGAUGCAAGAACAAUUAGUCAUUACCAAUGAAGUUAUUAAGCAGGAGAAACCGAAAAAGACUACGAAGAAAGGAAUAAUUAAGCAUUCAGGCAAAGAACAGCAAAUAACAGAAAUAGUUACUGUUAAAGAAGAAGGAGAGCAACCGAUUACGACAGUGUCUGAAGGUCCUCUAGAAGAAGUUCUUGAAAAAAUCUUAAUCUAUCCAACAUCUAAAUAUGUUGAAAAACCAUACGAAGUAGAAGAAGUACGCGAACAAGUAACUGUCACAGAAGAAAUAGCAAGAGAAGGUAAACCCAAGAAAACCACUAAGAAAAAAGUAGUAAAGCGUACAGGAAGAAAACAACAAGUGUCUGAAAUAUUAACAGUUGAAGAACAGGAUCAAGUUCCAAUUACUACAAUUACCGAAGGUCCUACGGAAGAAAUAAUCGACGAAACUCUUAAAGUUCUGCUUGCUCCAGAAUACGCUAAACCAGAUGAAGUGGAAGAGAUUCGUGAACAAGUUACUGCCACACAAGAAAUGACCGAGGAAGGCAAACCUAAGAGAAUUAUGAAGCAAAAGACCAUAAAACGUAAAGGAAAGAAACAACAAAUGACGGAAGUUGUAACAAUUGAAGAGGAAGGCAAAGCUCCUGUCACAAUUAUCACUGAAGGUCCUAUCGAGGAAAUUGUGGAAGAAGUUGUAAAAGCAUUUCCUGUCCCAGAACAUGUAGAAUCAACAAAAGAAGAAGCAGUUGAAGAGAUAACAGUUCCUGAAAUUGUUACCGAGGAAGGUAACCAAAAAUUGAUAAGAAGAAAAUUCCUAAGAAAGUUUCUAAAAAAGUACCUGUUCCUAAAGAAGAAAAAGAAGAAGUUACAGAUGUUCCUGAAAUUUCUGAAAUUCCAUUAAGAAAACUUAAGAAACCUGUUAAACUUGAACGUCUCAAAAUAACUAAAGUCGAAGCUACGAAACUUGAAAUACAAGAAAUAUCUGUGGAUAAACCUCAAUUUGCACAAAUUAAAUUGCGUAAGACUCCAACCGUAAAACGACCUGAAAAGAAAGAAAAAAUUCCUCGAGUUCUUCUUCGAAGUCGAAUUACACCCAUAGAAUGGCCUGCAGCGAUAAAAUAUUUGAAAAUCGAAGAACUCGAACCGAAUGAAGUUCAAAAUGGUAUUUUGUCUCGCAAUGUCGAAGAAGCUAUUAUUUUA